UUGCUGCCGGAUCCCGGGCACCGGGCAGUGUCGCCCGCUCCCGGGAAGGAGCCGCCGCCGGCUGGGCACCAUGAACAGUAGCAGCGCCCACAUCACCUAUGCCAGUCGCAAGCGGCGGAAGCCGGUGCAGAAAACUGUCAAGCCAAUCCCAGCUGAAGGAAUCAAGUCAAAUCCUUCCAAGCGACAUAGAGACCGACUUAAUACAGAGUUGGACCGUUUGGCCAGUCUGCUCCCUUUUCCCCAAGAUGUUAUUAAUAAGCUGGACAAACUUUCAGUUCUCAGGCUUAGUGUCAGUUACCUAAGAGCCAAGAGCUUCUUUGAUGUUGCAUUACAGCCCUCCCCAGCUGACAGAAAUGAAGUCCAGGAAAACUGCCGAACAAAAUUCAGAGAAGGCCUGCACUUGCAAGAAGGAGAGUUCUUACUACAGGCUCUGAAUGGCUUUGUGCUGGUUGUAACCACAGAUGCUUUGGUCUUCUAUGCUUCUUCUACCAUACAAGAUUACUUAGGGUUUCAGCAGUCUGAUGUCAUACAUCAGAGCGUAUAUGAACUUAUUCACACUGAAGACCGAGGUGAGUUUCAGCGUCAGCUACACUGGACAUUAAACCCUUCACCAUGUACGGACUCUGGACAAAGAAUUGAUGAGGCUAAUGGCCUGCCACAAACAGUAGGCUGUUAUACCCCAGACCAGCUUCCUCCAGAAAACUCUUCCAUUAUGGAAAGGAGCUUCGUGUGCCGACUAAGAUGUCUGCUGGACAAUUCAUCUGGUUUUCUGGCAAUGAAUUUCCAAGGAAGGUUAAAGUAUCUUCAUGGACAGAACAAGAAAGGGAAAGAUGGAUCGCUACUUCCCCCGCAGCUGGCUUUGUUCGCAAUAGCGACUCCCCUUCAGCCGCCGUCCAUCCUUGAGAUUCGGACCAAAAAUUUCAUCUUUAGAACCAAACACAAACUAGACUUUACGCCCACUGCUUGUGAUGCCAAAGGAAAACUUGUUUUAGGCUAUACUGAAGCAGAGUUGUGCAUGAGAGGAUCAGGAUACCAAUUUAUUCAUGCUGCUGAUAUGCUUUAUUGUGCUGAGUACCAUAUACGGAUGAUUAAGACUGGAGAGAGUGGCAUGAUAGUAUUCAGACUUCUUACCAAAGAUAAUCGAUGGGCCUGGGUUCAGUCUAAUGCACGCUUAGUGUAUAAAAAUGGAAGACCGGAUUAUAUCAUUGCAACUCAGAGACCUCUAACAGAGGAAGAAGGAACAGAACAUUUACGAAAGCGAAAUACGAAGUUCCCUUUUAUGUUUACUACUGGAGAAGCUGUGUUAUAUGAGAUAACCAGCGCUUUCCCUCCUAUGAUGGAUCCCUUACCAAUAAGGACUAAAAAUGGUACAAGUGGCAGAGAUUCUGCUACCAAAUCAACUCUCAGUAAGGAUUCUCUCAAUCCCAGUUCCCUCCUGGCUGCCAUCAUGCAACAGGAUGAGUCCAUUUAUCUCUAUCCUGCCUCAAGUAGCACACCGUUUGAACGAAAUCUUUUUAAUGAACCUGUGAACAUAUGCAGUAAUUGGCAAGACACUGUCACACCAAUGGGAAGGGAUAGUAUCCUGAAACAUGAGGAAAUAGGUCAUUCUCAAGAAAUGAACCCAACACUCUCUGGAGGUCAGUCAGGGCUCUUUCCAGACAACAGAAAUAGUGACUUGUACAGCAUUAUGAAACAGCUAGGCAUUGAUUUUGAAGAUAUCAAACACAUGCAACAGAAUGAGGAAUUUUUCAGAAGUGACUUGUCGGUUGAGGAUGACUUCAGAGAUAUAGACUUAACAGAUGAAAUCCUGACAUAUGUCCAGGAUUCUUUAAAUAAGCCUACCUUUGGGUGCUCGGAUUACCAGCAGCAGCAGUCCGGGGCACUGAACUCGAGCUGUAUGGUACAAGAGCACCUGCGGCUGGAACAGCAGCUCCAGCCCCACCAAAGCCACAGAGCAGUGGAGCAGCAGCAGCAACUCUGUCAGAAAAUGAAGCACAUGCAAGUGAACAGCAUGUUUACCCAAUGGAGCUCUAACCCGCCCGUACCUUUGAGUUGUCCUCAGCAAGAUCUACAACAGUACAAUGUCUUUCCGGACUUAACUGGGACCAGUCACGAGUUUCCCUACAAACCGGAGAUCGAUCCUGGGCCAUACACACAGAACUUGAUUCCCUGUCAUCAGUCUGUGUUACCACAGCAUUCCAAGGGGACACAGUUAGACUUCCCCAUAGGGAACUUUGACCCAUCCCCAUACCCUACUACUAAUUUAGAAGAUCUUGUCACAUGUUUACAAGUUCCUGAAAAUCAAACACAUGGACUAAAUCCAGAGUCAACCGUAGUAAGUCCUCGGUCCUGUUAUGCCGGGGCCAUGUCCAUGUACCAGUGCCAGCCAGAACCGCAGCCCAGCCAUGGGGCUCACAUGCCGUACAACCCAGCAAUGCCGGCUCCACAGGCAUUUUUAAACAAGUUUCAGAAUGGAGGAGUUUUAAGUGAAACCUACCCAGCUGAAUUAAGUAAUAUGAACAACACUCAGACUCCCACACAUCUUCAGCCCCUUCAUCACCCAUCACAAGCCAGACCUUUCCCUGAUUUGACAUCCAGUGGAUUCCUGUAAUUGCAAGUCCAUUUUAAGCACCUUGGUUUUUGGAGGAGUUUGCAGAAGAUUACAGAAUAAUAAAACUGUCAGAGUUGGUCAUCAGCAAGUUUACAUGGAGGCAUUGUUGUGUGUUGUUCAUGCUCUUUCUCCAAAUCAACCUUCAAUGUUUUUAAGAGUUAAAAAAAAUUAUCGAAAAUACAUAUCCUAUAGUCAUUAAAAUAGAAAGUAUGCUGCCACAGAGGCUGAGAUUCCAUCUCUAUGUCACGUGGUUCAGAGUACCAGAGAAUAUAUAAAACUUACAUAGGGGAACUUGAGGACACUCUUUAAAAAGUAUUUCAUCUUUUUCUCCUGACAAAUUUCUGAGUUUUCAACUUCUAAGUUGUCAAUACACCAAAUACAAAAUUAAACUCUUUCCUUUUAUCUUUAGCUUUGGCUUGUAUCUCAGAUAUUAAAGUAAGUGGUUUGGUGCUGUUAUAAAAGAUAAUCUCAGUGCUUCCCUCCUUCAUUGUUAAUGUAAGUGCCUCACAGUUUUUUAUACCUGUAACACUGUAGGAUGUAUAUUUGAUAGAAAAUAUACUUUUUUAAAUAACAUUCUGCACACAAAUAUUAUUUGUAUUUCUUAAAUUCAGUCAUUUUUAUUAUUCCAAGCAUGUUUUAACUGCACUACUCACCCACUUUCUUCAGGAAAAGGGCAAAUAAUGAUUAAAAAGGUAUUUAUUUUAUAA